CCAAAGCGUCACGGAGCGGUGCAGCAGCAGUGUAUGUGUGUGUGUGUCCCCAUCACGAAGAGAGAGAGCGAGAGAGAGAGAGUGAACGGGAAGCAGCACCUCCGCCUUUUCCAUCCAACAUCUUCUCAGAACUCGAGUGGGAACGCACUCAACUACACCUAGUCCGUACUCCCCCCCAUUCUUCCUCCUCUUCAAAAUGUCCGUGGGCAGUGACUUUGGGAAUCCUUUAAGAAAAUUCAAACUCGUCUUUCUCGGGGAGCAGAGUGUUGGAAAGACGUCUUUGAUCACACGGUUCAUGUAUGACAGCUUUGACAACACAUAUCAGGCCACAAUUGGAAUCGACUUCCUGUCGAAAACCAUGUACUUGGAAGAUCGAACGGUGAGGUUGCAACUCUGGGACACAGCAGGACAAGAGCGCUUCAGGAGCCUCAUCCCCAGCUAUAUACGGGACUCCACCGUGGCCGUGGUGGUCUAUGACAUCACAAAUGUCAAUUCUUUCCAGCAGACAUCAAAAUGGAUCGAUGAUGUGAGAACGGAGCGAGGCAGUGAUGUCAUAAUCAUGCUUGUUGGCAAUAAAACAGACUUGGCAGACAAGAGGCAAAUCACAAUCGAGGAAGGCGAACAGAGGGCUAAAGAGCUGAGCGUCAUGUUCAUAGAGACCAGUGCCAAGACAGGUUACAACGUCAAACAGCUGUUUCGGCGUGUAGCUGCUGCCCUUCCAGGGAUGGAAAGCAUGCAAGAAACCAGCAAAGAAGGGAUGAUUGACAUCAAGUUGGACAAACCGCAGGAGCCCCCGACCAAUGAGGGCGGCUGUUCCUGUUAAUGCUCUGCACCCAUCCUGAGGGGGAAAAAAAGAAAACAUCAUUUACACCACAUGCUUGUUUUGUUGCUUCCUAUUGGUUAACCGCAGUUGACUUUGCACGUUGAGAAUCUGGCCUCCUCACCUGACGAUUGGUCAUCGGUUGGAGCGAGCAGUGUGUGGGUUUGGUUCGAAAGUAGCCUGGUUUUAUUAACAAAACUGCCAAGUUUAAAAAAAAAGAAAAAUCCUGCAACUUGCUAAAAAAAAAAGGAUGUUUGUGGAGGGGGAGAGAACACCAAGUUGCUUUAUGUGUACAUUUUUUAAAGAUUUUCCCCAGUUUCUUUUCUAUUUUUGUAUUCAGGGAAAUCUCUCUGGAAAAGAGUCAUUCCAUAAAAAUCAGUGGAUGCCUCCCGCCUGACCCUCUCAGAAUCUGUUUUUUUUUCUUUUAAGUGUAGAAUAACAUUAGUGUUUAAGUGUUAGUUUAGUGUUACAAUAACAUUAGUGUUUAACACAUACUAUGAAUAUUUUCUGAGUUACAGACCCAUAAAGUACAUUUUUAAUUUCACCUUACUGACUUCUAUCAUUUUUGAUCUGUUAUAAAAGUGCAGGAGAUGAAAAAAGGAAAUCAGUGUUACGCUGUCAGCAUGAUGGGAUCUGUAGAGUGACAGAAAUAUCAUUGGUACCCUGGAUGUUUGAUCUAUUUUCUAGUAAUUCACUGUAGAAAAAUGUAAAAAAUGUGAGAUGUGUGGCUGAUCCAAAUAAGGUAUAGCCUCUGAAAUGUGACUUACAUUUUGAUCUUCUUAUUAUGAGUCCUCCUGUGAUAACACUCUUGAAUGUAGCUUAUGAAACAACAUUGGUGUUGUUAUAUUCUGUGAAAUGGGUUAAACAUGUCAGCCUAUGUAAGCCUGAAAAUAUUCAUAGUCUGAAGGUAGAACUCUGCAUGACUUCAGUAAAUAUCUUGAAGUUACUGUACAUACACAACGUGCUGAUUCUGAGGGAGCCAGGUGGGAACUUUUUAAGAUUUUGUUGAUUUAUUUUUUUGUUGUUUUUCUUUUUCUUUGUUUUAUUUUUUGUUUUUUAUGGAAUGACCCAACAAGCUCUGUGUGUGAGAGCUGGACAAGAGACGGUAGGCUUGGAUAUUUUUUUUAUGGAUGCCACUGCUGUUAUGGGCAAAUACAGAAAUCCCCCAAACUGUAACCACUGAAAACUUGUGUAACUCCCAAUAGACCUUUUUUUUUUUUUUUCCCCAAACUUCCCUUCUGCCCAUAACUCAGGUGGGAUCCAUAACUUGGUGUUUGAGUCAUUACAGGACAAAGCGAACUUCUCGAGUAUCUACUGCAUGCCUAGUUUUUAAGCAUAGGUACUGUUUACCCGUGUACACAAGUUUGAAUAUGUAAAUGGUAACAUUACACCCGUGACUCAAUGCACUCGGAUGACGACUAGUCCAAGUCUUUUUUUUCUGUCUGUUUGUUUACGAACUGGAUUUGUAUACUUGACUACAGGAUAUGUUUUUGUCGUGUGUGUGCGUGUGUGUGUGUGUGUGUGCGUGCGUGUGUGUGGGUGUAAACGUGUGCUUUCUGCAUCAGCAACGUUAGAAUGCAGUUACAUAGAGGGCCACUGACAAGUCGCAUCAUCCUCGCCACAUUACGGCAAAUUUGGGGUCACCGUUUUCACCUGUCAGCUGCUGUUGCAUUGUGUGGUAUCUUGGUGUUUGUGAUUAUGAUGCACAUACAGUGUACUUACUGUAAGCGAGCAGUGGAGGAUCAAAGCCCUCGCCUUGGGUCACAGAGGACAGACUAAAGUUCCCUGAUGACCGGUUCUGUGUUCAAACCGACCUUUAACAUUGUAAAUCAGUUUCUUUCCUGACAACAGACUAAUUUGCACAUGUAGACCUUUCAGGUUAAUAUGAAGUUAUGAGAAGCUUCAUGGUAAAUGUACAGUCACUUAAUUCAAAGACAUUUCUGAUUGUCAUAGAAACUGUCGUUUCGUGUUCCCACCGAGAUGAGGUUUUUGUUUGUUUUUUUUGAUGUUCGUAGUAUGAGGGUCCAUUUGUGCCAAAAUUAUGUUCACACAAAGACACACUAAGCAUUUGUCAGCUGUGUUUGCAAUGCAUGCAGUGCAAACAGGCUUCAAACAGAAUCUUGAGGCAAAUGAUUGCAGUGAUUCUGUCGAGCGUAACUGUGAAGCGACGUAAAAACUGCUGUCGGUAUGAUGGUGAAAAACCAAUCGUGGACUGGCAGACGUUGACUCUGGCUUCUCCUAAAAUAGAGAUGCAAUCAGACUGUCUCUUAAACUAAUAUAAGAUAAUCCAUAGUCCAGCGAUGAGGUGAGGUUGCGUCUCUUUCAUUUGUUUUUUUGAUCAAACUCUAGAGCAAAGUCAACUGAUGAUUAUUCAGAGCCAAAAAGUCUGUUAAAGUUCUAUAACCUCACCUGAUCACUAUUUUUCCAUCAUUUAUGCUACAGAGCUGGUUUUUUAAAAGAUUUUAUUGUGUUACAUGUCAAAAUGCUCUUCCCUAAAAGCUCAGACUCACUUAGUAUUUAAUUCAGCUCAGGCACAGCCGACUGAGCAAGAGCCCUACGGUCAACUAGGUGUCCGUGCAGAGGAAGAAAAAGUCACAAGUUUUCCCUGGAUGAAGGAUCCCUAGCAGUUCCUUUUGUCUGAUCUCUUUUAAUUUUUCUGCUUUGAAAGCACCCGAGAGUUGGUGCUCCUUUACACGCCUGUGGCUGCAGUGCAGGUUUCAAGUUUCGAGUUUUAUCGUCAUAUAGCGGAAUGGAAAAAUCAUAACCAGCAAUGAAUGCCCUGUACAAAAACACCCCCUAGUCUGGGACUGACUCUGUUCCAGAUGAUGCCAUGACAUCAUGUGUCUUUCUGUUUAUUUUAUCCCUUGUAAUAACUAUAAAUCCUGUAUUGGAUGAGGCUCUCAUCUUUUCUAAGUGCUGCUCUGCUUGUCUCUUGUUUUUGUGAACAGACAUGAAAGUUUAAAAAACGCGGCCAGUUUUUUCAAAUCCAGUAAAACGAGCAGGGCGACUUUUCGGGCAUGCUUUGGCCACAUAGACAGCAGCCGUACAAAUGUAAUUUUGACACCAGUGGAUCCUCAUACUAGCACCUAAACUGACUGCUGCCGUCUGUAUGAUGCAAGGUUGCAGACGGCUCUUAAAAAUGUCCAGAGUCGUAGGAUUACGUGGCGGUUGUGAAGUCAGUCGAGAACACUACUUUGACUUGUCUUUGAGGUGAAAUCUUUCCUGCACUUUUUAAGAACAUGUUUUAGAUAUAGAGUGACGAUGUUGAUGUUUUAGAAACAUGGUUAAAAAAUAAUAAUAUUUACUGUGUCUUAGAGUAGAAUCAAACAUGUAGGAAUUGUUCACGUUUCCAAAAAAAGAACCACACAAAAAAAUAAACGGGGGAGCACUCUGGUGAAAGCUAGUGAACCUUUCUAACCCACAUAAUGAGCCAAAUAAUAAGACUAGUGAGAGACGGGAUUGGUCAAAUAUGAUGGGAGAUCUGGACUGGAACACAUUGUUUUGCAGGUUUUAGAACAGUUGGGUUUUAAGUUUGAAUCCCUCAAAAUGAAAGUCUUGUAAUGUUUACUCUCUUUGUGUUGCUGCCUCGUGAGGAGGGAGGUAUUUAUGUUUCAAACCACAGCAAAAUGAUUGAUCAUUACACACUCACACACUCGUAUUUAUUCCCCUUCAAUAUAAAAGUCCACCUUUGUUUCGUUGUUUCCUGUUAACAUUUCUCUUGAAAUGGACCAAGUGAUGCAGCAGAUGUCUUGUUGGGGGAGGCGUUGUGUGUUUGAGGAUGAGGGGGGGGGAGCCCUGUGCUCUGGCUUUCCAUUCACACUGUACAGAAAUCUAGCAUGUCUCUCCAAAUGAUUAAUAAAGAUGUCUUAUUACCAAA